AAAAGCAGGGCAUGAUUCAAAUAAUGGCAAGAGACAUUCUGAAAUUUAGAUACUCACUUUUGUCUGUAUUUAGGUCUGAUCGAGCAUUAUAGGAGCAUCAGUCAAAUACUAACCUGAUAAACGGAUUUUGUUCACCCGAAGGAUGUCUGCAAGUGAUUUUGAAAAGUUAGCAGAAAUAGAACUGCAGAAAGAUGAAACUGAAAAUACAGCAAUGGGAGAAAUCAGGAGCUUUUCUGCAGCGCAGUCAAGCCGAGAAUUUGGAAUAAGCCUCACUCAUCCAUACUACGAUGUGGCUCGGCACGGCAUUAUUCAUUCUGCAGGUGAUGAUUCUUUGGGGAGAAAAGUGAUCGCCUUCAGUUCAUGCCGCCUGCCUCCUUCGCACCAGAUCAACCACCGCCAGUUAUUGCAAUAUUUGAAGUACACGCUUGAACAGUAUGUGGAAAGCGAUUACACGCUUGUCUACUUUCACUAUGGAUUAAACAGUCAAAACAAGCCAUCUCUGAGCUGGUUGCAAAGUGCCUACAAAGAAUUUGACCGGAAAUACAAGAAAAACCUGAAAGCGCUCUACAUUGUACAUCCCACCAACUUCAUCAGGAUAAUUUGGAACAUUUUCAAACCUCUGAUGAGUCACAAAUUUGGAAAAAAGGUGAUCUAUUUGAAUUACUUAAGUGACUUGAGAGACCACCUGAAAUACGAACACCUGAAUAUCCCUGAAGAAGUGAUUCGACACGAUGAAAAUCUUCAGAUGAAACAGAAGAGCAGAUCCCUUCCUCCAGCAAAACUUCCUCCACCACGGCCUCCUCUUCCAACGCAGCAGUUUGGAGUCAGCCUUCAGUACCUCAGUGCUAAAAACAAAGGGGAAUUAAUACCACCUGUAAUGAAUCAAACAGUGGCUUACUUGAAAAAAAGAGGGCUGAAAACGGAAGGGCUGUUUCGAAGAUCAGCGGGCAUCAAAAGUAUUCAAGAGAUUCAAAAACUUUACAAUCAAGGAAAAACUGUUGACUUUGAUGACUAUGGAGAUAUUCACAUCCCUGGAGUCAUCCUGAAGGCUUUUCUCCGAGAACUUCCUGAACCUUUACUGACCUUCCCAAUGUAUGAUCAGAUCAUUCAAAUCACUGGUGUGGAAAGUAGCUUGCGAGUGACUAGAUGCAAAGAAAUUGUACACCGACUUCCUGAGCACAAUUAUGUCGUGCUGAAGUUUCUGAUGUGUUUUCUCCACAUGGUGUCACAGGAAACCAUUUUCAACAAAAUGACCAGUUCUAAUCUUGCUUGUGUCUUUGGCUUGAAUUUAAUCUGGCCACCCAACAGCGCGCCAUCCUUCAGCGCAUUGGUGCCUAUAAAUCUUUUUGCUGAGUUGUUGAUCGAUUUCUAUCCCAUCAUCUUCAGUUCGCGAAAGGUGCCUGGUGAACGCUUGCCUUGAAAAUCAAAAGACUGGGGACUGUAAGGAAACCCAUUCUUUCCACACUUUUCUAUGCAAGGCAGCAGGACAAGAAUUCCCAUGUUACAAAGCAAGUGUCGGAGGAGGAAGAGAGCUGUGUGUUUAUGGGAGCAAAAAAAGAAAAAAAAAAAUCAGGAGUCUAGCAGCCCCUUUUCCAAUUCAUGUAUUCUUAUUAAACUGUAGCCACUUUCAUGAA